GUUCUUGUUCAAUAUCUGUGAUCCGUAGUUGAUCUUUUGAAAAAAAUGAUUUUUUUAAUAGUUCAUUAUAUGGGUUUUAUUUAUUCAUUUUUUGUUCAGAUUCUGUGACCCAAAAAAUGAUUUUUUUACAAAGCUUGUGUAGUGAACUUAUUCUGCAUAGUUGGGUUAAGCUUUUUUUUCUUUCUUGUAUGUGAUUUUUUUGGGUGAUGUUUUGUCAGUGAUCAUUUGUUAAUUGUUAUGCUGUGAUUUUUCAUUGAUUUUCUUUGUGAUGUGUGUAUUUUAAACCAGAAGGGUUGUACUGUUGUUACUAUAUAGUAAGACCCUUGUAUGGGUCAUGGUCUUGUUAGCUUUAUGAUGGAUAUGCAAGGUUUUUGUGUUUGCUUUGAAAUAAGAAUCUAACAAAAGAUGAAGUGUUUCUGGGAGAAGUUGGUUUAGAUCAAAGCUUUGAUCUUGAUUUUAGGAAUACUGAUCUGAAGCAACUGUUUUUUUAGAUCUUAAAGAAGUGUUUUAUGAGUGUCAUAUUGGUGUCGAAGUGUCGGUCAUCGAUUCAAAAUGUGUAAGUGUCGGAGCAAAUAAAAAAACUUUAUCUUUUUAGACACUUGUCUGACUUUUCCAACUCAUGUCGUGAUACAAGUAUGUGACACCAGUGUCGCAACCAACUCAUGUCGUGAGUGUCAUACAAGUAUUUGACACCAAUGAGUGUCGCAACCAACUCAUGUCGUGAGUGUCAUACAACUCAUGUCGUGAGCUUCAUAGUUUCUAAGUAAUUAUUAUGCUUAUAUUUGAAAUCAGUUAGUGGUGUACCUUAUAUUGGUGUGUGUCAUUUUUUUUGUCUAUGUGUUAUAGGCUUACAGCAACUAGUUUUUCUUGCUAGGACAUACCUGAUUCCAUAACCGACAUAACCUACAUGUGAAUUUAUUUCAGCAUUUGACAUGAUUCUGCGGUUCGCGUUUGACAACACGAUUGUAUUCAAAUUUUCUAAUGGCAUUGGUAUCUAAAAGAAGUUCAGCUCUGAAUCCAAAUGCUCCUCUAUUCAUACCUGCUGCAUUUCGUCAAGUGGAGGAUUUUUCACCUCAAUGGUGGGAGCUUGUGAAAUCUUCAGCGUGGUUUCAUGACUAUUGGUUGAGCCAGAACGAGGAGGAAGAUUUUGAAGUAAGUGAUGGUAUUGAUACUUCUAAUGAUGAUAUAGAAAAUCUGUUGGCAGAAACUUUUGAUCUUGGCAUAGAAGAGGACUUCAAUUUUCUAGAGAACGAGUUUGAGAAAUUGGUGAUGUCCGACGAAUCUCAAGCUCAAGAGUGUCCGAUUACGGACGAUCCCGUUGAGGAAAGAAAGCCUCUUCAUGGUGUUAACAAGGACGCUUCGGCUCUUCUCAAGAUCUUGUCCCCAAAUGAAAGGGGUCCCAAGUCACCUGUUGGAUCCGCAAAGCACUUUGAGAAGCCACCACAAUAUGUUAACCUCAAAUGUGCACCUCAAAGAAUUCACCAACCUCGUUAGAAGAAACUUCGAAGCUCAUAGUGAUGAUAACCUGCUUGAACCGCAAGUUUCUUCUGACUAAGUAUGCCUCUCUGUUGAAAUAACUUGUGUACAUAGGAGAUGUAGUAUGUCUUUGUAUUUUUCUUGUUGAUUGUCUUGUAUAUUUAAUGGUAGGUGAGACUUUAAAUUAUGAACAGCCUAAAUCUAUGAUUGGUCAUCUUUAUUUCAUCUCAUUUUGAAACAAAUGGUUAGUGUCAUUGGCAAAAGAGAGUUUUAGGUGUGUCUUGUUCAUUGUGGCAAUUCGGUUGAGCUUUUCAUGUCUUGUAAUUUUACAUUUGGAAAGAAAAUGAGUAAGUAGCAUUCACAA